UCUCAGAGAGCAGCCUUAAAGGGGAAGGGUGGUAUCUCCUCGACAUGGCUGCAACAAAGGAGCUUUUGAUGCUGGAAAACUUCAUAGGUGGAAAAUUUUUACCCUGUAACUCAUAUAUAGAUUCUUAUGAUCCAUCAACAGGAGAAGUGUAUUGCAAAGUGCCAAAUAGUGGAAAAGAAGAGAUCGAAGCUGCAGUAGAGGCUGCCAGAGAGGCCUUUCCUGCGUGGUCGUCCCAGAGCCCCCAGGGCCGCUCCCAGGUCCUAAACCGGAUAGCUGAUUUGCUGGAGCAGUCCCUGGAGGAAUUCGCCCAGGCAGAAUCUAAAGACCAAGGGAAGACCCUAACACUGGCGAGGACCAUGGACAUUCCCCGGUCUGUGCAGAACUUCCGGUUCUUUGCUUCGUCCAUCCUGCACCAUACGGCCGAGUGCACUCAGAUGGACCACCUGGGCUGCAUGCACUACACCGUACGCAGCCCUGUGGGAAUUGCUGGCCUGAUCAGCCCUUGGAAUUUGCCACUCUACCUGCUGACCUGGAAGAUCGCUCCGGCCAUUGCUUCUGGGAAUACUGUGAUUGCCAAGCCCAGCGAGCUAACUUCUGUGACUGCGUGGAUGAUGUGCAAACUCCUGGACAGAGCAGGUGUCCCACCAGGUGUGGUCAAUAUUGUGUUUGGAACAGGACCUAGGGUAGGGGAGGCCCUGGUGUCCCACCCAGAGGUGCCGUUGAUCUCUUUCACUGGGAGCCAGCCCACUGCGGAGCGGAUCACCAUGCUGAGUGCUCCUCACUGCAAGAAGCUCUCCCUGGAGCUGGGGGGCAAGAAUCCUGCCAUCGUCUUUGAGGACGCUGUCCUCGAAGAGUGCAUUCCUGCAACGGUCAGGUCCAGCUUUGCCAAUCAGGGUGAGAUCUGCCUCUGCACCAGCCGGAUUUUUGUGCAGAACAGCAUCUAUCAUGAGUUUGUAAAGAGGUUUGUCGAAGCCACCAGAAAGUGGAAAGUUGGCAUUCCUUCUGAUCCAUCAGCCAGCAUGGGCGCUUUGAUAAGUAAGACACAUUUGGAGAAAGUCAGAAGUUAUGUGAAGAAAGCUCGGGCUGAAGGAGCUCAGGUUUUGUGUGGUGAGGGGGUGGACCAGCUGAGCUUGCCUCCUAGGAACCAAGCAGGCUACUUCAUGCUUCCCACAGUGAUAACCGACAUCAAGGAUGACUCCUGCUGCAUGAAGGAAGAGAUAUUUGGUCCAGUGACAUGUGUGGUUCCCUUUGAUAAUGAAGAGGAAGUGAUUCAGAGGGCCAACAGUGUCAAGUAUGGGUUGGCAGCUACAGUGUGGUCAAGCAACGUGGGGCGUGUCCACCGGGUGGCUAAGAAGCUGCAGUCAGGCUUGGUCUGGACCAACUGCUGGCUCAUCCGGGAGCUGAACCUGCCAUUUGGAGGUAUGAAGAGUUCUGGGAUAGGAAGAGAAGGAGCCAAGGACUCAUAUGACUUCUUUACAGAAAUCAAAACCAUUACCGUUAAGCACUGACCUUCCCCCACGGAAAAGCCGCUGCGGUGACUGUGAGGCUAGCAGCAGAGAAUGUGCCUCCUGAGCAGAGAACAGGAAUCCUAAGUUCCAGCUGCGUCUUGACUUACCUGCAAGGGGCUGGCUCUAGCUGAUCUUAGUAGUAGUUAGUAUUUUCAUCAUCUGGUGAGGAGCUGCUGUCUACUUUCACUGUGGAAUCAGAUCAGGAAAGACUUCUAAGUAUGGAGAAUUGACAAAGAAACCAGCCAGCGACCAGUCUCCUCCCACGAGAUACAUUUACAGAUUUUCUGUAGUUUCACGAUUGGAUUCUUGAAAAUUCUCAAUAAUCAAAUGGGUUUAUUUGCAAAUACAGGGCUUAAAAGAAUUCCUGAGGGGCUGAAGAGAAGCAACUAUCAUUUUCUACCACAUGAGAGCUGUGGAGGUUGCUGGCUCCCUAACCACUGGCAUGGUUAAUUGAUCAUUGACUGCCUGAAACUAUAAGGGCAAAAAUGCACAGAGAUUUAGCAACUUACCAAGUAGGCUGUGCCAAAUAUAUCUGUAGAAGGACAACCCUGGCGUAGCUGUUACUUUAAGGAGGAAUUUUCGGAACACUAACAAAAGAGCUUGGUCCAUUUCCAUUGUUAAGUCUAACCAAUGCUAAUUCUUUUUGAAAGAAGCAAUAAAUGUUUAAGUUUUAGUAACAA